AUGUCCUUGGAAAUAGUUAAUGUUACUGAGGAAACUUUAGUGAAACCGCGACAGUCACAUUCUGGCAUUCCGCAAAACAGUAAGAACACAGAAACGUCUAUGACCGUCAGUAAGCCUACUGAAGAUUUCGAUGUUGCAUUUGUAUUUGAUGUACCGUUAAUAAUAAAGAGAUCCCCACAAGAGCAACACGCUGUCUCUGUCUCUGCUCAAUCCCAGUGUAGAUGUAACCCAUGUUUGUCUAAAAUGAGGUUGUGUUUUGUGCUGGUGGUGAUGGCGGUGGUUGAUCAGUGUUCGUCGUCGCUCAACCUUUAUGUCGACUCGGACGACGUCAAGAAACUCCUCGGUGUGAGUUCCCAGCUGUGGUAUGUCCAGAACGGAACAGUGAAUAAAUAUGCCCUGGGCUACGUAGUGGUUGUGCCACCGCAUGUCGACCUCCUGACCUUCCAUUGGCAGGCCUUGGGAGGAAUGACGAUGCCAUAUAAUAUGUCAGUUCAAGUUGGUAAUCGUGAAGCUCUGGCACCCCCUGUGUACAACAUCAGUGAUCAGAGUAUAGUGCCAACAUAUCCCUCAUCCUGGACAAUAAGGUUGAUUUGCACUGGCAAACUAACCACUCAGGUGGAUGUGACAAUAACCUUAAAAGUGCCAAUGAGUACAUCAUUGGUAAAUACAACGACGCUCAACAUUCGAAGAAAGAAAAUAUGUUUGAGAGGUAAAGUUGGUGGAAUAGCAGAACGCGAAGGAGAAGUUGGUGGGAUAUCAGUGGAGAUUCUGGAAGCACGACACUCCACUACUGUGGUCUACAUCACCAUUAGUUGUCUGGGAGUCUUCCUUCUGGUUGUGGCCUUCCUCGCCAUAUUUAAUCAUAUAAAGAACAAUAAAGCACGGCCAAACACUGGCAGACGACGUGGCACAGGUGCUUCUGAGCAAAGAACCAUUGGCAGAAGUACAGCAAGUGGUGGAAACGUCCCUAAUAAUCAAGUCAGCGGAGACAGUGGAGGCGCAGGCAAGACCUCCCAGUCCUCUCUCAGUGAGCUACGGAGAUCUCCACAACCAACCAAUACAACAGCUACCACAACCACCACUACAGGCAGUCCUGAGCCACAGUACACAGAUCCCAGGCUGAGUGAUAUAUCGGCCAAGUUAACAGGUCUCAGUGUCAGCAAGGAGACGCUCAAGCUCUUGGAGGUGGAGCAGGAAGGCACCUUUGGCAGGGUGUACCAUGCAGUCUACCAACCCCCUGACCAGAAGCAACCCCUCAGUGUCACUGUAAAAACAGUCAUUGAUGGAUCGAGUGAGGUGCAGCGAUCAGUGUUGCUGAGUGAAGGGGUGAUGUUAGCAGGCCUAAACCAUGACCAGCUGUUAGGGGUUCUGGGAGCAGUCGUCACACCGCCAGAAGCUCCACCAUGCAUUAUCUUCCCAAGGUCUUCGCAAGGAAAUCUCAAAAGAGUAAGGGUUAAAUAUUUCAUCAUUUGUAUAUACCUUGGUUUUGAGAGACAUCCUGACUUGAGAGUCUUAGGUGCCUGGAUGAGAGGAUUAAGUGCCUGUUGA